AUGGUGUCUGAGGACCACACGGAACAACACAGGAUCCUCUGCAGGUUGCCUCAAGCUGCUGAAGAUUGCUCGAGACCUGCUAACGUUACAAGAAAAAAGAGAGCUCUCUCAAAUAUCAAAAUACCAGAUGUAAUAAAUAAAUUAAGAAAUCAAAGCAGUUUUAGAAAUAAAGUUUCAACUAGAAACAUAACGGGAAUUUUAAAAAAUACACAAUAUAUACUGCAUAAUAAAAUUAAAGUUAUGGUUCAUUCUCUGGCUCGUAAACCUCAUGUGCUUGAAGAAGUAAGCGUUGACGACUGGAAGAAGCAUGGUGUGGAUUACGUCAAGUUGAAAAGUGGUCUGCCUAGUUCUGAUCACAACAUCAUCCGGAUAGAUGCUUUUUGGGUCAAAUAUUCAAGAAUAGAUCCAAAAUUGUUGAGACGUUUUUUUAAAAAUUGA